ACCAGAGCUAGUUGGAAAAAGUGCAUUGCAGUUUGCUGCUACGGAACCUCGUGAAUUGGACAACUUGUAUCCGGACACAUUAGUUGCUGUACUCAGUUUAGAGCUAGCGGAAGGUAAACAGAGAGCUGUCAACAUGGCUGAGACUCACAGCUUGCAGGAUAUGAGGCAGCAGGCGGCUAUCGCUGCCAAAGUGUUCAUCCAGAGAGACUACACCAAUGGCACUGUCUGCCAGUUUCAGACCAAGUUCCCUUCUGAACUGGAGACCAGGAUUGACAAGCAGCAGUUUGAGGAGACUGUGAGGACGCUGAACAACCUGUAUGCUGAGGCAGAGAAGCUGGGAGGCUCGUCGUAUCUGGAGGGCUGUCUGGCCUGUCUCACAGCUUACACGAUCUUCCUCUGUAUGGAGACACACUACGAGAAGGUUUUGAAGAAGAUUGCUAAGUUCAUCCAGGAGCAGAAUGAUAAGAUCUAUGCUCCACGAGGUCUGCUCCUCACUGACCCUAUUGAGAGAGGCCUCCGAGUUGUUGAAGUAACCAUCUUUGAAGACAGGAGCCUGGGCAGAUAAAAUCUACAGUACUAUGAUCCCAGACUGACUGGACAAAAGCUCUUGAAGGGCUGGUUCUAUCUGGUUCUGGCUCUGCUCAGCAUCACCUGGGGCCUCAUUUAUCAAAGGUGCGUUCACACAAAAAAUAGUCUGAACCUUGCGUAUGCCAGUUUUCCCUCAAAUGUUGGUAUUUAUCCAUUUUGAACUUGAAGGGAAAGUGUGCUCAUCUCCACGGAAAUCUCAGACCAGCCGUACGCACAACUUCUAGUGGUAGAUCAACAUGUAUCGCAAGCAAAUAUAUAAUAAUGAUAGGCUAAUAAAAACCAUAAAGGCCUAAUGAUAGAACAGAUGCAUUUGCCGUUGGUAAGGAGAUCACAUAGCAGCAUGUAGCCUAAUGCAUCUAUUUAAAUUUGACAGUGUGUAGGAUACAGUAUUGCCACAUCAGAGCCUAUACCAAGGCAGGAGAUAGAAACACAAUCAUCUACUUCAAAAUAUUGAACAGGAAUUAGUAUUUUCCAUAGAAAUGUGCUGUAGCAUUUACUUUUGAGCUGUUCGAAUAGGGAAUCAAACUUUCAGAAUGUGCUACCAGUGUUUGGCACUCUCUCUAUAGGCGGCAUGCAUUUUUUGUUUGAAAAAGGUAAGUAUUCUGCCCUCAGCUCUACAUAAAAGUGAUAAAAUUGGCCAUUGCACUUUUCUUUUAGAAACUGUCAUGGCCCAGUUCCAACAUCUCCAAAUCAUACAUCAAAUGAGGGUGUUUUUUAUUACCAUAAAAGGUAACAAAAACGUUUGUGUAUGUUGUGUGCAGUAGUUUGAUGAAUCCCAAUCAUUUAGUUGUGCAUGCAAAUCCUAGCAUCCCCACGUACGGCAGAAUUUAGUGAGAAAUGUACGCACGGUUGAUAAAUGAGGCCCCUGGUCCUGGGUAGGUGAGACCACCACCGCACCUUCAGACUGAGGACCACCUAAAACUUCAGCCUGCAGAACAUCAUACCAGCCCUACUGGCUCCCAUCCAGGAUCCACAUCUACUUUCUGACUACUGCGUCUCUACAAUCUCCCCUGUACUCGACUCCCUCCACACUGUUCUAUACUCCACUCAACUAACGCAUGUACAGUAUAUGAUGCUGGGGCUGUAUUACACAUUAAAAUCCUAAAGGCCCCUCUAAAGUGAAAUAAGAUUUGACAGUUAGGUUGUUUUCUGUAAUACAUCCCCAGACUCCUAAUCUUCUAAAAAUGUAUUUCCUAUCUCUGUAUUUCUAACCAUUUACUUACUGCAUCUUACGUCUGUUUACUUUUGCUUGUACAGAGAUCGCUUGCUUUACAAAACCAAAUGGCCCAAAUUAUGCUUGCAUUCUUCUUGCAUGUUGCGUCAAUGCUCCGAUGGUCCUUUUGUAAAACGUAAAUGUGCCGUGCACAGUGUUUGUUUGGUAACUACUGUUCAUUUUGCCGUGCGUUGAUUGACUUGUUUGUAUGUGUGUGGGUAGGCUAUGUCUAGCUAUGUAAGCACAUUUGAUUGCCUUCAAGUGAAGCGUUAGGCCGAGAAGUGCUCUUGUUUGUCUCCAGUGCCUGUAGUUUCUGUGAAUAUUGCCUCUGUCAGCUCAGUGGGUUCAGGUCAAGUGUAUCUUAGCAUACUAUUUUAGCAGCCAUCUUAUUUAGCUUAUCCUAACUUUUGCUCGUUUUAUUUUCGGCAGCAAGCAUGUUAAAAAUCGAAGACUAUUCCUAAACAACCUCAACUUCUUGAUUUCUUUGUUUUUGUAUCGAUCAAUUGUAUGAAUGAAGGACAUUAGAUUGUUAACUUUUGGUGAUGAUAUAGAUAUACAUUGACAAUACGUGGGUUAAAUACAAUGAUUAAUAUAAACCCUGGAUUGCUGGUGUAUUGGCCAAUGAAAGGCUUUGAAGCCAAAGGUCAGCCAUAGUGGCACUCCUCAGAAAAAGCAGUUUUCAAUUAAAUGUAUCGAAGACAAAAUUACAUGUAUUUAAGUAUUUUUUUAUUGUAGUGGGGACGGUAGCAUUAGAACUUUAAAAAAAAAUUAUACUUUGACAAAUGUUUUUAUAUAUACAGUACCGGUCAAAAGUUUGGACACACCUACUCAAGGGUUUUUCAUUAUUUUCUACAUUGUAGAAUAAUAGUGAAGACAUCAAAACCUUGAAAUAACACAUAUGGAAUUAUGUAAAUCAAAAUAUAUUUUAUAUUUGAGAUUCUCAAAGUAGCCACCUUGAUGGCAGCUUUGCAUACUCUCAACCAGCUUCACCUGGAAUGCUUUUCCAACAGUCUUGAAGGAGUUCCCACAUAUGCUGAGCACUUGUUGGUUGCUUUUCCUUCACUCUGUGGUCCAACUCAUCCCAAACCAUUUCAAUUGGGUUGUGGUCAGGUGAUUGUGGAGGUCAGGUCAUCUGAUGCAUCACUUUCCUUCUUGGUCAAAUAGCUCUUACACAGCCUGGAGGUGUGUUGUCCUAUUGAAAAACAAAUGAUAGUCCCACUAAGUGCAAACCAGAUGGGUUGGUGUAUCGCUGCUUUAAGUGUGCCUUGAAUUCUAAAUCAAUCACUGACAGUGUCACCAGAAAAGCACCAUCACACCUCCUCCCCCAUUCUUCAUGGUGGGAUCCACACAUACGGAGAUCAUCCGUUCACCUACGUCUCACAAAGAAGGCAGUUGGAACCAAAAAUCUCAAAUUUGGACUCAUCAGACCAAAGGACAGAUUUCCACUGGUCUAAUAUCCAUUGCUCAUGUUUCUUGGGCCAAGGAAGUCCAUUCUUCUUAUUGGUUUCCUUUAGUAGUGGUUUCUUUGCAGCAAUUUGACCAUGAAGGCCUGAUUCACAGUCUCCUCUGAACAGUUAAUGUUGACAUGUCUGUUACUUGAACUCAGUGAAGCAUUUAUUUGGGCUGCAAUUUCUGAGGCUGGUAACUCUAAUGAACUUAUUAUCCUCUGCAGUAGAGUUGACUCAGGGUCUUCCCUUCCUGUGGAGGUCCUCAUGGGAGCCAGUUCCAUUAUAGCGCAUGGUGGUUUUUACGACUGCACUUUAAAGACAUUGUCAAAGAUCUUGAAAUUUUCCAAAUUGACUACUUUGUGUGUGGCUACUUUGAAAUCUAAAAUAUAUUUUGAUUUUUUUAACACUUUUUUUGGUUACUGCCAUAUGUGUUAUUUCAUAGUUUUGAUGUAUUCACUAUUAUUCUACAAUAUAGAAAAUAGUAAAAAUAAAGAAAAACCCUUGAAUGUGUAGGUGUGUCCAAACUUUUCUCUGGUACUGUAUAUAUUUGUAUGUUUCAUAAUUAUUUUGUAUAUUUAGCUUACAUAAUGUAAUUUUAAAGUAUGCUUUACGGAGUCUGUAAUGGAAUAAAUGUGGCUCAAACUAAUUUGGACUUUUCUACAGCUUCCAAAAUAUUUUUUUUACCAUGGUUGGGGUGUCAAGAUGGAGGUGUGGUGGCUUCAAAACAGCUCCUUGUCAGUCAUCUAGUUUAUAAGUAAUUGGUUAAAUUUGACAUUGCUCCAUGGAAUUACAUCCAUUUCAUAAUGUGUUUUGAAUGUUAAAUGCUGAGUUUCUUCUGUCUGACUGAAAUCUGUUAGUGCUAUAUUACAGAUAAUCUAACACUACAGAAAUGUCCAACUAUAGAUUUUCUGGAACAUUUUGAGGUAGGUUAUAAUGAAAGUCAGAUUACUUAUUCUCAUAUAUUGUAAAUAUUAUUUCAAUGUAUUCUGAAAAUGGCAAUGUUGAGCAAAAUGAAAAUGUAUUUAAUUUGGCCUUUUUAACAUUAAACUCAUUAAUUUGAUAAAUUAGUA